AUGUCUUCCACAACAACGGAUUACCGGAAAAUCGAACGAGGAAUAUUCGGCUCGUCUGAUUUUGAGAGUUUUCAGAAGUGUCCUUCCGUCCAGGAACUGAAGGAUUUUGUUAGAAAAUGCGGGGACAGCGUGAUUAAUACAAAACGCUCUGAAGUAAAAACCGUUUCGCCCAUAAUUGAGCGACUCAUUGAUAUGCUACGUACCAUGAACAUCUGGAUUCAAGAGAUUCCUCCGUUGAAGCAGCCCUCUCGUUUUGGAAACAAGGCAUAUCGCAUUUGGAAUGAGCGUCUUUGCGAAAGAGCUCCUCAACUCAUCGAAACAGUAAUUCGAAAAGAUAACCCAAUGCUUUGCACAGAGCUGGCUGGAUAUCUUGAAGAGUCCUUUGGUAAUCCUACUCGAAUUGACUAUGGAACCGGCCAUGAAACGACAUUCAUAAUCUUUUUGUAUUGUCUCUACAAGAUUGGGGUUAUUGGCGAUUCUGAUUUGCAAGCUCUGAUUCUGAAAGUAUUCGCUUUCUAUUUAGCGGUUUGUCGCAACCUUCAGCAAGUUUAUUGGUUGGAGCCUGCGGGAUCACACGGCGUUUGGUCUCUCGACGACUACCAAAUGCUUGUUUUUUACUUUGGAGCCGCUCAGUUGCACGGAAAUGAUAGUUUUGACCCGAAGUGUAUCACAGAUCGUAAGCUGAUGAAGGAAUACGCUCCAGAAUAUCUGUAUUUCGAGGCGAUCGCGUACAUUCAGUCGACAAAGUCGGGACAGUUCUACGAAACGAGUCCCUUGCUUUAUGAUAUAAGCGGAGCUGCUUCGUGGAGCAAGAUUUGUGGAGUUCCCUGUGGUGCAGCACCUUCGAUUUGGAUCGAUCUUCCCGCUCAAUUGGACUCCUUCGAAGAACCCUGCGGAGCAUGA